AUGGCUCUGGUCUCGGCGCCGCUGAGAGUCUGCAUCGUGGGCUCGGGGAACUGGGGCUCUGCUGUUGCCAAAAUAAUAGGCAAUAAUGUAAAAAAUAUGCAAAAGUUUGCUUCCACAGUGAAAAUGUGGGUCUUUGAGGAAAAUAUUAAUGGGAGAAAACUGACAGAUAUCAUAAAUAAUGAACAUGAAAAUGUAAAAUAUCUCCCUGGUUACAAGCUGCCAGAAAAUGUGAUUGCCAUUCCAAAUCUUAACGAAGCUGUGCAAGAUGCAGACUUGUUGGUCUUUGUCAUUCCUCACCAGUUUAUUCAUAAGAUCUGCGAUGAGAUCACAGGACGGGUACCAAAGAAAGCUGUUGGGAUAACUCUCAUCAAGGGAAUAGACGAAGGCCCAGAGGGACUCAAACUGAUUUCUGACAUUAUUCGAGAGAAAAUGGGAAUAGACAUCAGUGUGCUGAUGGGAGCUAACAUUGCCAAUGAGGUAGCAGCAGAGAAGUUCUGUGAAACCACAAUAGGCAGUAAAAUCCUGGAGAACGGCCUUCUUUUCAAAGAACUCCUGCAGACGCCAAACUUCCGAAUAACUGUAGUAGACGAUGCAGAUACUGUUGAGCUUUGUGGUGCUCUUAAGAACAUCGUGGCAGUGGGAGCUGGGUUUUGUGAUGGCCUUCGCUGUGGUGAUAAUACCAAAGCUGCUGUUAUUCGACUUGGCCUAAUGGAGAUGAUUGCAUUUGCAAAAAUCUUUUGCAAGGGACAGGUGUCUAUUGCCACUUUCCUGGAGAGUUGUGGAGUCGCUGAUCUGAUCACAACGUGUUAUGGUGGCCGCAAUCGAAGGGUGGCUGAAGCAUUUGUUAAAACUGGGAAGUCCAUUGAAGAACUGGAGCAAGAAAUGCUAAAUGGUCAGAAAUUGCAGGGACCACAGACUUCGGCAGAAGUAUAUCGUAUCCUGAAGCAGAAAGGAAUGGUGGAUAAGUUUCCACUGUUCACUGCCGUAUAUCAAAUCUGCUAUGAAGGGAAACCUGUCCAAGAAAUGAUAUCCUGUCUUCAGAGUCAUCCAGAGCAUAUGUAA